ACAACAGUCCACCAUUACACACAGAAUCCUGUCGCGGUCGCAAUACACAGUUACAUCACGCACACGCGCGCCAACGUCAACCCGACGACGUCGCCAAGUUGCGCUGCUCCGUUUUCAUCGUCAUCACCAUUUCUUCCUCGAGUAAAAAAAGUGGCCGAAGUGACAGAACCCAUCGCAUCGUCGUCGACUCCUUGAGCGAGUCAGGAUUGAUCGUUAGCGCGGCGGAGGAGAGACACGAGGAUGGCGGGAGGAGAGGACGACGGACAGCAGGAGGCUACUAGCAACGGGGAAGUCGUGCCCGCGACCGCCGACGGCGAAGUCGAGCAGAGCGAAAACCAAGAAGGAGAUCAAAGAGAAAAGCAAAGUUAUGGCCAAUCAUUUUUUGCUAUAGCCAAAACUUUGAUCACCAGGGCUGUGAUAAUCUACUUCAUCAGUUCCUUUUUUCGGCGGGGAGCUAAUAAUACGCAAACUCCUGGAGGUGCACCAGCUGUAGCUCCUAACACUGCAUUUAACAUCUUUGCCAAUGGCACUGUAUUUGACCUAUACAUAUACCUAUCUGAAGCUGAAUACUUCAGGGAUUUUAAUGAUCCCAAGGCCAAAGUAUGGACUGAGCAUGGGUUGACUUAUGGUGACUGGUAUAGUGGUCCAGAUGGAGAUGGAAGCAGAGUUAUUACACAUUCCUUUGAACCACCAAAGAGGUUACUCAAUAAUGGCUCGAUAUACCUUCACGUGUAUGUUACGAAGAAUGGCAAAUCACCAGAUCCUUCAGCUGGAAAGAAAUUAUUUGCCGGUGAAAUGAUGUCUUAUGCUAGAAGGAUGUUGAAUAAAUUCAAAAAAAUCAAGUAUCAGAAAACGCAUAAUUUAUUGACUGGUCAAACCAAAGCUAGUGAAGAAGAAAUUAAGAAAGCUGAGCUGAUGGAUCAAGAAAUUUUAUCUCACUGGCAUCCAAACUUAACAGUAAAUUUGGUAACAGACCAAACAAAUUGGGUACAAGGUCAGGUGCCUCCACCUUUAGACGAAUACAUUGAGUUUUCUCAUAAUGGAAAAUUCUACAAACCUGUUAUAUUCAUGAAUGACUUUUGGAAUAUGCAAAGGGACUACCAACCUUUGAACGACACAAUAAAAGAACUUCAGCUACGAUUAACUUAUCAACCUCUGUCAUUGUUCAAGUGGCAGUUAUACGCUGCUCAGACAAUGAGAAAUAAAUGGACUUCAUCCCUACUAGGAGAUACACAGGAAGAGGAUGGUGAUGAUCAAGAUACUUUAAAAGAGACACUACUAGAAACAAAUCCUUACUUACUUGGUAUGACCAUUGUAGUUUCAAUAUUCCAUAGUGUCUUUGAAUUUUUGGCAUUUAAAAAUGACAUUCAAUUCUGGAAUAACCGAAAGUCUCUGGAGGGCUUGUCGGUACGAUCCGUCUUCUUCAAUGUAUUCCAAUCCCUUGUAGUACUGCUGUAUGUUCUUGACAAUGAAACAAAUACUCUGGUGCGCAUUAGCUGUGGAAUCGGCUUACUGAUUGAGAUCUGGAAGAUAAACAAAGUUGUGGACAUCAAGGUUGACCGUUCAACCAAAGUUUUAGGCAUCUUUCCAAAAUUAACCUUCCAGGACAAAGGUUCUUAUAGUGAAUCUUCGACGAAGGAGUAUGACAGACUUGCUUUCAAGUAUCUAUCUUGGGCACUCUAUCCCCUUCUGGGUGGUUACGCUAUCUACUCUCUUAUGUACCUUGAGCACAAAGGCUGGUAUUCCUGGGUGCUCAAUAUGCUGUAUGGUUUUCUACUGACUUUCGGUUUCAUCAUGAUGACGCCUCAGCUGUUCAUCAACUAUAAGCUCAAGAGCGUGGCGCAUCUGCCCUGGCGCAUGAUGUCUUACAAGUUUUUGAACACCUUUAUCGACGACAUAUUUGCGUUCGUGAUCAAAAUGCCAACGUUAUAUAGAUUAGGCUGCUUCCGCGAUGACAUUGUCUUCUUCAUCUUCCUGUAUCAGCGCUGGAUUUACAAAACCGAUCUAUCAAGAGUCAAUGAAUUUGGCUUCAGCGGCGAAAUGGAAACGCAGUUGACGGAUGAAAAGAAGAGAAAAGCUAUUGAGAACAAAGACAGUUCCAAAGAGGAUAAAAAGACGAAAUAAAUAAUUGCAGAUUUGUGCUUGUGUGCCUGUUUUAUGUACGAAAGAUCGGUAAGUUGGGUUGUUGCGAAAUGGUUUAAUGUUAAAUCAUUAGCUAAUGUGUUUCUUACCUGGGUGAAAUGUUUCAUUGAUACAGAACAUUUUUCAUGAAAAUAUGCAUUUGUUCAUAUAUCCUGUUAUGAACUAGUAAGGUACUUGAAUUUGAAAAAUAAGCUUUGAAAAAAAUGUAUCAAAUAUCCAUUUUUUUCAUUCAUAAUAUUCUUGUGAAUAAUAGACUGAAAAUUAAAUUGCAUAAUAAUCCAAAUUUUUACAAUUUCAUAAUUAAAAAUGUCAUUUUGUUAACAUAAAUAAAAUUUCUUAAUACCAAUGAAAUGUCUUCACCAGGACACUUAACAAAGUAUUACUGGUAUUUUUGUGUAGAAUAUUCUAUGGUUUUAACGAGAUUAGCGCGUGUUUAUGAACGUGAGCAUAGAGUGCAAUAAAUAACUGAAUCAUCUUUGAGUUAAAAAACGUCAAGUUGUUGGUAUUGCUUUGUUUCAUUUUUGUUUAUAUUUGACUGUCUUUUAUACACAAUAAAUAUAAAGUGCAUAAAUGUAUUCUUCACACUCAUAUACCAGAUGCUUUGUGAAUGUGAGUACAAGUGAUCGCGCAAACAUGGGCGCAUAUACGUGUGUAUAUUAUAUUAAGCUAUGGAAUUGAAGUGAAAUAGGGAAAAAAAAUGUUGGUGUUUAAAAAAGAGGGAUAGUGAAGAUCGAUGUAAAAAAUACUUACGCGAAUUAAGACAAGUAUUUGUUAUCUGUGAAUUAUAAAAGAAAAAAAUAUCUAUGAAUAGUAAAAUAUGCGAGUCAGGCUUCCAGUUCAUUGGCGAUUAAUUUUGCAAUGAAUUGUUUGUCAAUGGCAUUGAGUGUGUUAAAACAACUCAAUUAACUAUAUAUAAAGUGUUGAAUCAGAUCUAACCGUUUUUAGAAAUUAAAAUCUUGUUAAUAUCUAGUUAAUAUAGUUGUUUACACGAAGAAAGUGUAGUGUAGCUUCUUAAGUAGUGACAAUUCAAUAAUCGAAAUUUUAAUUUUUAAAAACCAAUUGAUCUGUUUUAUACCAAAUUAUCAAGAAAUCUGUUGAAAACCCAAUGUUUUUCAUAUCCAUUAAAAAACUUUUCUCUGUUUUCA